AGUGAGCCGGAGGCAUGGGCCAGGCGGCCUGGAAGGGGUUCGCCCUGUCGCUGUUCGACUACAAAACCGCAAAGUUCGUGGUCGCCAAGAGCAAGAAGGUGGGGCUGCUCUACCGGGUGCUGCAGCUCUCCAUCCUGUUGUACUUGCUCAUUCUUGGGGAUGCCAUGAUGGGAGGGACUGGUGUCACUUCACUUGGGAAUAGAUGGGUGUUUCUGAUUAAGAAGAGUUACCAGGAUAUUGACACUUCCCUGCAGAGUGCUGUGGUCACCAAAGUCAAGGGUGUGGCCUACACCAAUACCACCAUGCUUGGGGAACGGCUCUGGGAUGUAGCGGACUUUGUCAUCCCGUCUCAGGGGGAGAACGUUUUCUUCGUGGUCACCAACCUGAUCGUGACUCCUAACCAGCGGCAGGGCAUCUGUGCUGAGCGUGAAGGCAUCCCUGAUGGCGAGUGUUUCGAGGACUCUGACUGCCAUGCUGGGGAAUCUGUUGUAGCUGGACAUGGACUGAAAACUGGUCGCUGUCUACGGGUGGGGAACUCUACCCAGGGCACCUGUGAGAUCUUCGCUUGGUGCCCAGUGGAGACAAUGUCCUCGCCCACGGAUCCCCUCCUGAAGGAUGCUGAAGGCUUCACCAUUUUCAUAAAGAACUUCAUCCGCUUCCCCAAGUUCAACUUCUCCAAAGCCAAUGUGCUAGAAACAAGCAACAAAAAUUUCCUGAAAACCUGUCACUUCAGCUCCAAGAAUCUCUACUGUCCCAUCUUCCGACUGGGGUCCGUUGUCCGCUGGGCAGGGGCUGACUUCCAGGAUAUAGCCCUGAAGGGUGGUGUGAUAGGAAUCCAUAUCGAAUGGGACUGUGACCUUGAUAAAGCUCCCUCGAAAUGUAACCCACACUAUUACUUCAACCGUCUGGACAACAAGCACACCAAGUCCAUCUCCUCUGGGUACAACUUCAGGUUUGCCAGGUAUUACCGUGAUGCUAAUGGGGUAGAGUUCCGUGACCUGAUGAAAGCCUAUGGCAUCCGCUUUGAUGUGAUAGUUAAUGGCAAGGCAGGAAAGUUCAGCAUCAUCCCUACAGUCAUCAACAUAGGUUCUGGGUUGGCGCUCAUGGGUGCUGGGGCUUUCUUCUGUGACCUGGUACUUAUCUACCUCAUCAGAAAGAGCGAGUUUUACCGAGACAAGAAGUUUGAGAAAGUGAGGGGUCAGGAGGAGGAAGCCAAUGUUGAGCUUGAGGCCAAUGAGAUCGAGCAGGAGCUGCCAGAGGACAAGCCUCCAGAAGGGGUUCAGCAGAAUGAGCACCCCCAAGAGCUGGCCCCGAGUGGCAGGAAGCAGAAUAGCAACUGCCAGGAGCUCUUUGAGCCUGUCAGGUCCACCUUGCUUGUCUAGCACAGCCUCCUAUUGCUGUGGGAGAUCCUGAGCUUCCCAGUCCUCAGCGUGAACAUCGUCGUGCAUCCGAGCUGCCUCUGGGACAGUGUUUCUCCUCGGCUGUGCCUGCCUGCUCACUGCCAGAGAGAGGCUGCGACUGCCGACUGCCGCGUACUCUGCCUCAGAAAGGCCAUGCCUGAAAGUGUUCCUGACAGCCCUCUCUCUGCCUUCUGUGUGCACCCCUCCCCCAAGGGCCGGCCUCCAGGAGAAAGCCAUCCUGAAUGUGAAGCAGCCACAGAACUUGCAAACGGUGCAGACGUAGCCAGUGCUCUUGGCAGAGAACCGAUUCAAGCUAAUGGGGCCAGGACAGACCACAGCUCUGAACUGGGAAGAGGCAUCUUGGUGCUUGCUCAGGAUGGGGCUUCUGGGAACAGGCCCACCAACCCCACCCAGCUUGGGUGGGAUCCUGCUGGAAGUUUUUUAUUGUGUGGAGGGGAGCCUCCUGGAUGGCCAGAGUGGCUCAGAUGCAGAAAGGAGGCCCUGGGGCAGGCCCGCAGGGAAGGGGCAGGCCAGGGGCUUCAGGGGUAGGAGAAUAUUUACAUGCCCCGUCUCUGAACCCAGCCGAACAUUCAUUUAUUCGUACAGGCAGUCCACAUCUAUGGGUGCAUGCUGCACUUUAGUCCUAUCUGAGAGGCUUAAACAAGCUGCUGACCUGGCCCCAGGGUAGGGGUACACAUGUAACUCUCUCCAGAGACAUCAGCUAGCCCAGACAGCCUGGCCUUCCUCCAGCCUCUAGCCAAGACUCCUGACAAGUCUCUGCAGAGAAUGAUGGCUGCUCAGAAAAAGCUGCUGGAUGACAUCCAGGGGACAUUUAGCCCCACCCCCAGAUGUAAAAUUUAAAGGUAGCCAAGGAGGCACCUGGAAAAGACUUAAGGGUCUCCCAGGCAAGAUUUGGGAGGGAAGGCAGGUAAGCCAAUCGCCUGUUCUAGCCCCCACCCGCAGCCUAGGGUAGCUCUGGGAAACCGACUUGCCCAGGUGAGAGAGGGACUUGCCUGUGCAGUUUAGCUCGUACUGUUUUGGGGGUGGGGGGGGUGGGGGGGGGCUCUGGGAGUCCCUGAUUGACUUCCUGCUCUCAGAAGUUGAGCCUUGAAGUGCUAAUGAGAUAAAGGAUGACUUUCACUGAAA